ACCCUAAUUUGUUUCAUUUCUCCCACUUUGGCCGCCCCUCUCUCUCUCUCUCUCUCUCUCUUCAAUGGGGAUGGAGGCAGGCUUGAGAAGAGAGCCGAUAUUCAGAGACAUAAGGCGAUACUACUGCGAAUACUGUGGGAUCUGUCGCUCCAAGAAGUCCCUCAUCGCCUCUCACCUCCUCUCCCACCACCAGGAUGAAAUGACACAAGGAAACUCUGAUGAAGAAAGCGAAAGUGAGGGGCCGAAGUCGAAUACAUGUGAAGAAUGCGGUGCUAGUUUCCAGAAGCCUGCUUAUUUAAGGCAACACAUGCUAGGCCAUUCUCUUGAGAGGCCGUUUGCUUGUCCAGUAGAUGACUGUCAUUCCAGCUAUAGAAGGAAAGACCAUUUGACACGUCAUCUUCUUCAGCAUCAAGGGAAACUUUUUGAAUGCCCCAUCAAGAACUGUAGGAGUAGAUUUUCCGUUAAAGGCAAUGUUAGCAGACAUGUGAAGGAAAUUCAUGAUGAAGAAUCUAGUUCCAGCGGUGAUGAUGGUACUCGGAAGCAGUGUGUCUGCCCAGAACCUGGUUGUGGAAAAGUGUUUAAAUAUCCAUCAAGGUUGCAAAAGCAUGAAGCUUCUCAUGUUAAGUUGGAUUCUGUGGAGGCAUUUUGUACAGAACCAGGCUGUUUGAAAUCAUUCAGUAAUGAGCAAUGCCUUAGGGCCCAUCUUCAGUCCUGCCACCAGCAUAUUACUUGUGAGAUAUGUGGGACCAAGCAACUAAAGAAGAACAUCAAGCGGCACCUUCGUAUUCAUGAACCAGUAGGAAGUUCAGAUAGAAUCAAAUGUGAUUUCAAGGGUUGUUUGCACACAUUUUCAUCUAGAUCGAAUCUCCAACAGCAUGUGAAAGCUGUGCACCUUGCCCUCAGGCCUUUUGCUUGCACCAUUCCUGGGUGUGGUAUGAGAUUCCCUUUUAAGCAUGUCAGAGAUAACCAUGAGAAAUCUGGGUGCCAUGUUUAUACACAUGGGGAUUUUGAGGAGUCGGAUGAACUGUUCCGGUCUAGGCCGAGGGGCGGGCAAAAAAGGAAGGUUCCGCCUAUAGAAUCUCUUACGCGGAAGAGGGUUGUUCCGCCCAAUGAGUCAGAUUCAAUUUUGCGUCAGGGGCCUGAGUACCUCUCCUGGAUGCUAUCUACUGAAGCGGAUGACUAGCAUUGAGUUUUGCCUGGUGUUUUCUAGUUUUCUAGGAUUGUCUAUGCUCACUUAUCAUAGUUAUAUGUACAUGUACUUGCCUCCUAGUAGAACUUCAGAAGAUGUGUGUUCGUGUAUAUUUGAGACUGAGAUAUGGACGACAUGUAGUUCUGUAUGUAUUGAUGCUCAAAAAAAGAACAAAAUGGUUCUUUAUUGUAUGCGCUUGAUUUUUCCU